AUGACUACCGUCCGCAUUUGCGUCUGCGGAGACGAGGGAACUGGCAAAUCCAGCCUCAUUGCCUCCCUCGUCAAGGACGUCUUUGUGAGCAACAAGAUCCAGUCCGUCCUUCCUCAGAUCACGAUCCCGCCGAGCAUAACCACGCCCGAAAAUGUCACCACCACCAUUGUCGACACCUCGGCCCGACCGCAAGAUCGCACCGUGCUGCGCAAGGAGAUCCGCAAGUGCAACGUCAUCCUGCUAGUAUACAGCGACCACUACAGCUUUGAACGAGUGGCAUUAUUCUGGAUGCCCUACUUUCGCUCGCUUGGCGUCAACGUGCCUGUGGUGGUGUGCGCCAACAAGUCAGAUCUGGUCCGCGACAGCAGCACUCCACAGGUUGUAGAGGAGGAGAUGCUCCCAGUCAUGACCGAAUUCCGCGAGAUCGACUCGUGCAUUCGUGCCAGCGCCAGGGAACACAGUAAUGUAAAUGAGACCUUCUUCCUAUGCCAGAAGGCCGUCACGCAUCCUAUUGCACCGCUUUACGACCAUAAGGAAGGAGACCUGAAGCCAGCCUGCGUGUCCGCACUGAGAAGGAUAUUCUAUCUGUGUGACAAGGACCAGGACGGCUAUCUGAACGACGACGAAAUGCACAAAUUCCAGGUCAAGUGCUUCAACAGGCCACUUGCGCCGGAGGAUCUAGAUAACAUCAAGUUAUCUCUGUCCAAGUCGAUUCCGAGAUACAGCACCGAAAAUGGCAUAGAUAUGAGAGGGUUCUUGCAGCUCAACAAGUUUUAUGCUGAGAAGGGCAGGCAUGAGACUAUUUGGGUGAUUCUGCGAAAGUACCACUACACGGACAGUCUGAGCUUGGAGGACAGCUUUAUUCAUCCCAAGUUUGAGGUGCCAGAGUAUGCGUCAGCAGAACUCAGUCCAGCUGGCUAUCGUUUCUUCGUCGACCUCUUCCUGCUAUUUGACAAGGACAACGAUGGCGGACUCAACGACCAUGAGCUCAAUGCUCUAUUUGCUCCAACCCCGGGCUUGCCGCAAUCCUGGAUCGAGUCGUCUUUCCCCUCUUCAACAGUCCGCAACGAGGCUGGACACGUCACAUUGCAAGGAUGGCUCGCUCAGUGGAGCAUGACGACCUUCCAAGAACCCAAAACUACCAUCGAGUACCUGGCAUACCUUGGAUUUGAGCCGUUUGGCGCCAGAGAUACUUUGACUUCGGCUCUCAAGGUUACAAAGGCGCGCAAGAGGAGAAAUCGACCCGGUCGAGUCGAACGAAACGUGGUGCUAUGUUACGUCCUUGGAGCUGCCAGUGCUGGCAAAUCUUCUUUGCUUGACUCCUUUUUGAACAGACCUUUCGACAGCUUGUACCAUCCGACAAUCAAGCCACGAAGGGCAGUGAACAGUGUCGAGCUUCCAGGUGGAAAGCAGUGCUACCUCAUUCUCGAGGAGCUUGGCGAGCUUGAGCCGGCCAUUUUGGAAAACCAGGCCAAGCUUGACGCAUGCGACCUAAUCUGCUAUGCCUAUGACUCGUCGGAUCCAGAUUCCUUUUCGCAUAUUGUCGAUCUUCGGCAACGAUUCCCGCAGCUAGAUGAGCUCCCGGCCAUUUACACUGCACUGAAAGCCGACAGAGACAAGGCAACACAGCGCAGCGAGCUCCAGCCGGACCAAUACACGUCGAGCUUCAUGAUGAGUUCGCCAUUACACGUCAGCGUUACUUGGAACAGUAUCAGUGAAUUCUUCGUGGCGCUUGCUGAGGCUGCUACGAACCCUAGCACUGGAUUUCCCAAGAACGAAGAGCCACCACCCGACAGAUCAAGUUACUACAUUGCUGGUGGAGCCGUCUUGUGUGCCGGCGUGGCGGCGUUCAUGAUUUGGCGUCGAUCCACGAAUGCUGCUUAG